GAUUUGAUUGAUACAUUUAUCAAAAGUUCUCCUCGCAUAGAAGGAGUGGAAAUAGUUUAUUUUUCUAUACAGUAAUAUUCCACGUCUACGACACAAGACAACUGUUAUUUCUCUAUAAUGUCCGAGUGGACGAGCGUGUGUGGGGCAGUUAGCUUGUCUCUCGGUCUUUUGCUACUAGCGGGUUACUUUUUGUACUCUGGACUUUUCUCACAAAUCAUCGUCUCCACUGGAUAUCCUCCGAUAAAGAAAGUCACGUUUGUUUACAAACUUAAAGUAGGACCGUACAAAAACUGCGGGAAAGUUUUUCAUGAAGCGAACAGUAUCGGACCGACGCUUUCUUGCAUUGGGAUAUUUUAUGAUGACCCUAAAAAGGUGCCUGGACCUCAAUGCCGCUGCGCUGUGGGCAGCAUUGUGAGCGAGGGAGAGGACAAGGCGGACGAGGAGCUUCUGAAGCGCUAUGAGACAUCUGGCUUCCGCGUCUUCUCCAUUCCUGAAGUCACACACGUGGUCACGACCUCCUUCCCUCACAGGAACAUUCUCUCUGUGCUCCUGGGAGUGAAAAGAGUCUAUCCAAGGCUAGAGAGCUACAUCAAGGAAAGAAAGCUGUGCGCGCACCCAUUCCUUGAGAUCUACAAGGGGGGGUUGAUCCACUUCAUGGCUCCGUUGGCUCGGCAGGGAGACUUCUAUGUUCCGGAAGUCCGUCUGUCGGAAAGGAGGCUUUUAGAACAAGGAGAAUUGGACAGUGACACCGACAUCUCAGGUGCAGACUCAAACAGCGAGUACAGCUCAGGGAGCGGGAUUCUCCUGUCCGACAGCAGAGAGACGUCACCGGCGGCGUCCUCCGUCCGGGACCACACGAACGGAAGUCCCAGAGGGGGAGGCUCACGGCGAUGCUCGCUCAGAGAGCUGGACUGGGAACUGACUGACCAAGAAGAAGGAAGACCAGAGCGGUUUAAUAAAGACGAGAGCCAGAAAAGCCAGGAGGUUCCCGUCCCAAGCCUGUGGGGGGUUGUUGGCGGUGAGGAGUGAAGGCCCAGCGGCUGUUAAAAGAUUUAUACCACAGCUUGCAUUUUGUCCACGAUUUUCUUGGAAAGACUCACACGAGUUAGUUCAACUCUCAGGAGAACUUUUUACGCUUCUCUUGGAGGCAACAAUCUCCAAUGCAUCUUCAUUAUCAUGUAGAAAUGUUAUUUUAUGCAUCAUUGUUUGCAUGAUUAGUCAUUUGGGGCGACUGUAGGCUGCUUUUGCUCAUUCAAAUGACAGAAGUGCUGCUAUUUGUUGAGUUGGAACAUUUUUACAUGGAUUACACUCAGGUUCACUUUAUUUUUUCAAUAAUGAAUCAUUAAUUGCAAAUACAUAUUAUAUGGACACAAGUAUUGAGAUAUUAGGACUUUUUAUUUGUCCAUUUAAUCAGAAAAGCCGAUGUUGGACCUGAGAGAGGUUCUACUUCCUCCCAAAGGGGUUUGAUGUGCUGCUGGCCAAGUUCUUCCACACCAAACUGGUCCAACCAUGCCUUUAUGGACCCCCCUUGUGCACUUGGCCUUCCUAAAACUGUUCCCACGAAGUUGGAAGCGUAGAAUUACCUUGAUGUGAUUGGUCCAGUCCUUUUCUCUAAGCAAAAGGCUCAUGGAGUGUCCCAAGACUUUUGUCCAUAUUUUGUAUAAAGCAACUUUACACUUGACCUUCAUUUACUUGUACCACAAAUUGUUAACUGCAACUACUGCUGUAAUGUUUUAUAGUUCUCUUAGCCAUCUUAUGUUGCAAAACAAUAAUAAAGGGCUGCUUGAUGACCUUCUUAAAAGUCUCCUAUUAUGCAAAAUUGACUUUUUAAUGAUGUUCUAACAGUGUUAUGUGUCUCUGGAGCCUGUUU